UUCUUAUAGUUUCCAAUAUCCGAAAACUCGGGACAAGUGUCGAGAACUCUAAAACAUGGGUUUCUGGAUAUUGUUUGAGGUAGCUAGCAUGCCAAUCUUGCAAGUUCUUUUGAUCAGUUUGUUGGGUGCUUUCUUGGCAACUGAUUACUGCAAACUACUCCCAGCAGACACAAGGCGAUCCUUGAAUAGGCUCGUGUUCGUCGUGUUUACGCCCUCGCUCAUAUUUGCAAGUCUUGCCAGGACCGUCACUUUUCAAGACAUUAUUUCAUGGUGGUUUAUGCCUGUAAACAUUGGGCUCACCUUUCUAGUGGGAGGGAUUCUUGGGUGGAUCAUGGUUAAGAUAUUGAAACCGAAACCAUAUCUGGAGGGUCUUAUCAUUGCUAUGUGUUCAUCUGGGAACUUGGGGAAUCUUGUUCUCGUAGUUGUCCCUGCAAUCUGUAACGAGGAUGAAAGCCCUUUUGGGGAUACUAACGUGUGCCGAACGAUUGGACUUUCUUAUGCAUCUUUCUCCAUGGCGCUCGGUGGUUUCUACAUUUGGACCAUCAGUUUCCAGUUGAUAAAAUCAUCAUCUUUGAAAUUGAGAGUACAUGAAGCUGUCGAGGAAUUUGCUUCGAAACAAGCCAACAAUAACUUGGAUGUCACACCCGAAACUCAUCUUCUAAAAGGAGAAAGUGAAGAGCAAGGGGCCAUAGUAGUGAAUGUACCCCAAGACAAUAGCAUAAAGCCGAAAGGGAAUGCAUCGUUGUGGAUUAAAGCUGCAGGAUUUCUUCAUACUAUUUUGGAAGAGCUCAUGGCACCGCCAACUCUUGGUGCUAUUUUGGGGUUCAUUUUCGGAACGAUAGUCUGGCUGAGGAACCUCAUAAUUGGUCCCGGCGCUCCACUACGGGUAAUCCAAGACUCGGUUAAACUGCUAGGGGACGCAACGAUUCCCUGUAUCACGCUCAUUCUAGGAGCCAACUUGAUACAAGGUCUGCGAUCGUCGACAAUCAAGCCAAUGGUUAUCGUGGGGGUGGUGUGUGUUCGAUUCAUUAUACUACCGGUUGUCGGCAUUUAUGUUGUUAAAGCAGCCGGGAGCCUUGGGUUCCUACCGUCCUACCCUCUCUUCCGCUUCGUGCUCAUGGUUCAGUUCACUCUGCCACCAGCCAUGAACAUCGGUACGAUGACACAGCUCUUUAAUGUGGGUCAAGACGAGUGUUCGGUCCUCUUUCUGUGGACAUACUUGGCUUGUGCUGUAGCACUCACGUCUUGGUCAACUCUCUACAUGUGGAUCUUGAGCUGAUGAAGAAGAGACUACACUCAUUUAUUCAAAUCAUAUAGUUGAAACACUUAUUCUUUUACAUACAUAUACAUAUAUAUGGGCUAGUGAAGUGAGAGAUGACAGACAAGUAAAGCGAAGAAAGAAGCGCUGUUUUUGUACUUGUUGUGGCUUUGCAGGUAGAAUUAAUGUAAAAGCUCCAGCAGAUUGAUAUUCGUUUCAAUGUCAUCAAAUAGAAGAAAGGAAUUGUGCUGUAAUCAGAACUUAGUCUGUAACCAUGAA